AUGCUGGACAACGGAGCGAAUGAUGCUCCACCACAAUGUGCUCUCCUGAGGCUGGAGAGUUGGGGCUGGAAGUUCUUCAGUAGGCCUGUGUUGCCCGUAGCUUGGAUCACAUCCAUGUCUGUGCACAAAGACGAGAGCGGAGGGUAUUGCAAGCCCGAGUCAGGCUACGGAUUCUCUAGGAAGGAGGUCUGGGUGGCACAUGGCUGCCGCGGAUUGUUGAAGAUUUGUGCAUUGAAAGCCAAGUGUGUGGUGAAGACGCUGAACAGCAACAAUUACGCCUUCGCCUCCGAGCAAGUGCCCGAAGCCUGCUACGUCUCUUCCAUGGAGGUGAAGAGCAGAAACGGACCGCCUUGCGUGGCUGAUGUCAACUACGGCUUCACCGGACCAUACGUCUGGGUCAAUGGAGGCUGCCGGGCCGAGUUUACCAUCUGCUACGUGCAGUAAAGUCACCUGUGACCUGUCACGUAAUCGAUACUGAAUCCUUGUUCGAAGGAACACUGCGUUUAAUACUUAAGCGCCAUACAGUGCUCAGGGCAUUCCUUGAUAUUAUUAUCGACUAUUCAGUUAGACCCUACAUUUUUUUUCUCUUCUUCCUUAAUUAAAUAAGAACAUUUUUCCAUUGCUUAAGAAGCUGAAAAGUUUUCUUUCGCUACGAUGUUAUCCAGAAUAAAGUAUAAUGUUCUCUGAAA